CUGCGUUGCUCGCGUGACGACGCCGUUGCUGCUCCUGCCGCCGCCGCCUCCUGCUCUCCGGCUUCUCUUCCUCUCGCGCCUGCUGAGAUUCCGCGCCCGCUCGCCGACGCCUCCUCCUUUUCCUUCUCCUCUUCUCGCCGCCUUCAUGGCCAACUACAUCCACGUGCCGCCGGGCUCGCCUGAGGUGCCCAAGCUGGACAUCGUCGUCAGCGAGCGGGACCCUUCGGGCGGCGGCGACGGCGGAGGGUCGGGCUACCACCGGGGAGCCCUGCAGCUGCUCAGCCGGCUGCGGCCUGACUGGAAGGCCGACGAGGUGACGCUCAAGGUGUUUACAGAUGGAAUAACCAAUAAGCUUAUUGGCUGUUACAUGGGGGAAGAGAUGGAUGAUGUUGUCCUUGUUAGAAUUUAUGGCAAUAAGACAGAGCUGUUAGUUGAUCGAGAGGAAGAAGUGAAGAGCUUCCGUGUGUUGCAGGCCCAUGGCUGUGCACCACAGCUUUACUGUACUUUCAGUAAUGGCCUGUGCUAUGAGUUCAUGCAAGGAGAAGCACUGGAUCCAGAACAUGUUUGCAAUCCAGAGAUCUUUCGGCUCAUAGCCAGACAACUUGCUAAAAUACAUGCUAUUCAUGCUCACAAUGGAUGGAUCCCCAAGUCUAACCUGUGGCUGAAGAUGGGAAAAUACUUCUCUCUCAUACCAACAGAAUUUGUAGAUGAGGAGUUACACAAAAGGUUUGUUACUGAUGUCCCAAGUCCUCAAGUACUUCAGGAGGAGAUGGCAUGGAUGAAGGAGAGACUAUCCAACCUGGGCUCCCCAGUGGUACUUUGUCACAAUGACCUGUUGUGUAAAAAUAUAAUCUACAAUGGAAAACAAGGUGAUGUUCAGUUCAUUGACUACGAGUACGCCGGAUAUAAUUACCUGGCUUAUGACAUUGGGAACCACUUCAAUGAAUUUGCAGGAGUGAGUGAGGUAGACUAUAGCCUCUAUCCAAGCAGAAAACUGCAAGAACAGUGGCUGAGAGCUUACCUGGAAGCAUACAAGGAGUAUAAAGGAUUUGGAACUGAUGUCACUGAGAAAGAGGUUGAACUGCUUUAUGUCCAAGUCAACCAGUUUGCCCUGGCCUCUCAUUUCUUCUGGGGAUUGUGGGCCCUAAUUCAAGCCAAAUACUCCACCAUUGACUUUGAUUUUCUAGGGUACGCAAUUGUUCGCUUCAAUCAGUAUUUCAAAAUGAAGAAUGAAGUCAUGACAUUAAAACUUCCUGAGUAACAACUGAGAACUUCAGCUAUCUACAUCUGGAUAAGAUUCCUUACAGUUUUUUUAUCCUGAGUACAGAUAAUGGAAAAAGCUAAACGUUUGUUAAUUUUGUAAUGUUCCUAUGGUGGUUUUUGCUUUUCAUUGCCUCUAAACAAACAAUCUUUUAAUGUUAAACCUAAAAUAAAAUCUUACUCAUGUUGUAGAAGGAAUAGAAACAUUAGAUUUAUAAAACAUAGGGAGAACAAACUUAAUCCUUUUAUCUCGUAAUUUUUAACGUGAUAUGUGAAUUAUUUAUUAUGAAUUUAACAUUCCAUUGCUGCUUUUCAUCAAUUCUCUUUAAGGGAGGGGGUGCAGACUGUAAUACCAUCAUGUUACAUUGACAUUAAUGUACGAGAAGUCGGUAUAAAAUUGUUGAACUGCAAACUGUACAAAAUCUAUACUGAACAGGAGCAGUUGCACUAAAGUACACAACUGAUUGGUGCGGUCUAGAGAGCUAGGACAGGGUGGGAAAAAGUAAUUUUCAUACUGUAACUUCUAGAAAGUCUGCCUAUGUAUGGUGGAGGGAAAAACUGGACAUCCUUUUUGUGUAACAGAUGAAAAAUUGCAGCAGCCUGAUCGCUCCUUAAUGAAAACAUACCAUCACACAGUCCCUCGAUAGGCUUUUAAAUUAUAGGAGGCUUUUAACUUCAAACCUAAGCUUUAAAUGACCACUGUACCAGUACGUCAUGUCAUUUCCUCCCUUAAAAAGGAUUUUCUUAAACUUCUGAACAUUUUGGCAUGUUAAGAUACUACAGUAGAAGCCAGCAGGACAAGCUGUUGAACAGUCCUGUAGUGUUUGGGAGCAAAACUGUACCAUUGAAUUUUAUUAUCUGUUUAGUCUUUUUCGCUUUUAUAAUUUUUCUUCAGUGUUUAGAUUUGUUAGUUACUAGAUUGUCUAGUUUCUUUGCCAGAUGGUGGCAAAUUCAUGGCUAUCCCAAAGCCUCAAGGUUAAAAGAUCAUUCUUGAAAUAGAUGGCGUUUGAAGAGUGAGGAUUUAAUCAUGAACACUUUUUUCUUUUCUUUUUUUGAAAGCUAUCCUACCAAGAAUGGUUUAAACUUCAAAAAUGUGAAAUGAAACACAAAUGUUUACUUGGAGUGUGUGUGUGUGUGUGUGUGUUUGCAUGUGUGUAUGUGUGUGAAGAAUGGGGAAAAGGCUUUAAACUUUGAAAGUCACUGCACCGAGUUGAGUCGUCAUGCAGACAACUCUAUUAGUCUGAAACUUUUCACUUUGGUCACUUAAGUGCCCAUAUGUACAAAGUCUGUGUUCAUGCGCAGUAUGUGUAAACCCAAAUAUACCUUAAGUAGAAAUAUGGGGAGCCUGUUUCCACAGACUCAGCAAGGAUAUUUAUUCAGAAUUAUUUUAUAGUGCUCUAUAAAAUAAACAUUGGCUGAAAUAAUGAGCCUGGUUUGUUUCAUGAUACAUACAACAAUUAGCAAGGAUGAAAAAUACACCCCCAAAGACCACUGAAUGGUCUUCUGUUUAUUUGCAAAACUAAUAUCAUGAUUUUAUAUAUAUUUUGAGGUGUAAUAUUUCUAAAGCCACAACCUUCAAACGCCCUUCACUGGAGUAGUUCUAUUAGAAAACAGAACUGUUCCAUAGAAAGUAGGCUGCAAUCUGAAACCUAGUCGCUCUUAAAACUUUAAUACUAAUGGACUGGUAACUAUACUUUUAAGAAGCGUUUUUUUAGCACUUAUCAGUAUACUUUCUUAAAUUGGGCAGUUUCUCUUGAUGUUCAGUGUUGAGCUAACUAGUUAGAGGAAAAAUUUAAUUUAUCAGGUAAAGGAUGUCACUAGAGCUUUAGAAAAUGUCAAAACAGCAUAGAUCUUGUGUCCUGAGAACUGAAUUCCUUUAUCAAAGUUUAAUUCUCUCCGUGCGUUUAAUAUAGUCUUUAACACAAUCUUAUAAAAUCAUUAGUUCAGUGAGACAUGUAAGUAUUAGAUGAAUUUAUGGAAUUAGAUUAUUAAGGACUUGAUUAUCAAAAAUCUCAAAAUUGCUUUGUUAAAGACGGCAUCUGAAUUAAGUCCUUUUUAGAAUGUUACGUUUGAAAAGUUCUGUACACUUGUGUUUUUCAAACAAGUUUGCACAUUGAAAUACUGGAACUAGUUCUUGCCAAUGCGGGCAAGUUUAAGGAAUGCUUUGAUAAUGGCUACUGUCUUAUUAAUUUAUGUGAACAUUUUUUUUGUCAUUGGCUAGAUAGAGGAUGAUAUCUCAUGCUGUUCUUCUCCCUGAAAGCUAGUUGCAUGUGCUAGAAGACAGUUCAGCCCUUCCGUUUUCCUGGAAGGAGAAGUGGGCCAGGCUGUGUUUCUAUGGCCACUGUAUACCAGUGUUUGCAAAUACUGUUGAGCCAGUGUGGUGUAGUGGCUAAAGUGUCAGACUGGGAGUCGGGAGAUCCGGGUUCUAGUCCCCACAUAGCCAUGGAAACUACUGGGUUACUUUGGGCCAGUCACAGACUCCCAGCCCAACCCACCUCACAGGGUUGUUGUUGUGAGGAUAAAAUGGAGAGGAGGAGGAUUAUGUACGCCGCCUUGGAUUCCUUGGAGGAAAAAAGGCGGGAUAUAAAUGCAAUAAUAAAAUAAAUAAAUAAAUACCUGUACUGUACUCAGGCUGAGCGUAAUCUGAAUUAUAGGGACAAAAAAUGACUUGGGAUUGAUGAACUAAUACAGUAAUUUUGGCUUAAUCUCUUACCGGAUGGAUUUCAAUCUUGCAUUGCUAUAUUUGCCAAACUUAUUAUGGCUGUUGCAGAGCUUGAACUUUGAUCAAGCAAUUAAUACUGCUUUAAGUCAUGUUAAGCAAGGAUGCCACAUUACUUUGAAGAGUAGUGUAUGCAGCUUAGAAAUGGAGUUCUACCUUGGUUCUUUCCAAACUGUCUUAUUUCCCCUUCUUUCGGUUGAGCCUGUUUUCUCCCUAUUUUAAGCUAAGUUCCUGAGGUAGCCUUGUCAUAAUUAAAUAUA